CCUUUACUUUGUUAAACCGACUUUAAAAUAAUUAUUUUUCCCCAAAUAUAAAAGGAUUUGGAGAAAAUAAAAUAAUAUAAAAGUACAGAAAAGCCCCAGAAAUUUUACCAAACCCUAAUUUCUCACUCCGAAACAAACGUUCUUCAAGACUUUUUCCCUCCUCUCCUCUUCUUCUUCUUUUCCUCUUUCUCUCUCAACAACACAACUCCUCUUUCCCUCAUCGUCUCUGUAUCUCUCUUGUCUUUCUCUGUGGAAUUUUGUUGAUUGAUAGGAUAGUAAACGUCCGAUCUAGGAGUAUUCCGUUCAGAUCUGUGACGAGGAUUGAGAUUUCCGACCUCACGCGCCGAGAUCUGGGUGAUACGCGCAGGGAUCAGUUAAAAGGAGGUAUGGUAGUGAAUGGUAGGCCGAUGAAGAGGUUGAAGAGGAGAGUAACGGCAGACCUCAACGAUUUCCUUACCUUCCCCGACGACGGUAAUACCGCCGGUACGGGACCGUUCAGGACGACGGUGAAGGAGUUCUUAUCGAAACAUGCGCUUUUGCCGCCGCCUUCUUCGUUGUUUCCUCACCUUCUGACGUGGCAGAUCCUCUUCCGCGUCGGAGACCUCACUGACGGCGACGGCGAGUCUUCUCCGGCUGUUGUCUGCCUCGAUGUUAUCGAAGAAGACGUCGCCAGAUGUAGAUCCGUUUAUUGCGACCAGUGCCGAGUCGUUGGUUGGAGCAGUAAUCCAGUCUGUGCAAAACGUUUCCAUUUUAUUAUUAAGGCAGAUGGAAACUCAGUCGGGGGUUAUAACAAAUCCUGUGCUGGGUGUGGUGAAGCUCUUCAGUUAUCGGAGGCUAGGUGCAAGUCAUGUAAUCAUGUCAUGACUGCAGAAGAUGUUGAGGAUUGGAUGUAUAAUCAGUUGGAGGAUACCAGUCAUCUUCUGCAUGGUGUGAUUCAUGCCAAUGGAUAUGGACAUCUUCUCAGGGUAAACGGUAGAGAAGGUGGAUCCAGGGUGCUUUCUGGAAGUCAUAUAAUGAAUUUCUGGGAUAGGCUCUGUAAAGUUCUUGGAGCGAGAAAAAUCAGCGUGAUGGAUGUUUCAAAGAAGUAUGGUUUGGAAUUACGUCUACUACAUGCCAUCACGAAAGGUCACCCAUGGUAUGGUAAAUGGGGUUAUCAGUUUGGUGCUGGUAGUUUUGCUCUGACUCAAGAUUCCUAUAAACAAGCUGCAGAGAACCUUUCUUCUCUGCCCUUGACCAUCUUCCUAUCUCAAGGACGGAAGCCUCGCACUCGUCUGCAGGACUUGAUUUCAUUUUAUCUGUCCUUGUCAGAUAGUGAACUUGUAAAUAUUCGAGACCUUUUUCUUUUCUUAACUAGUUCAAUCCGUGAUGCCCAUAAACCUGGUUCUGGAGCUGAUGAGGCCACUUGUAAGAAGCGUAAAACUUGCGACUCCAAGGUCUUGUGUUCAUGGACCAGUACUGACAUUUUACGUGUUGAAGAAGCAAUGUUUAGAGUACUACGGGCUGUCUCUGGGCCCAAUUGGGUGAGCUGGCGUGCUCUUAGAGGUGCUGUAUGUAAAGCUGGUCCUCCUGAACUCCUUGAUUAUUGCCUAAAGGCACUCCAUGGAAAGCAGGUAGCUGACGGAAUGGUUGUCAAUGUCCGCAGCGUUUCUGGUUCUGGUGCAAUGGAGUACAAAAUUGAACGUUGCAACCCAAUGGUUAAUGUAAAUACAAAUGAGAAUAGUUUGCCUUGUACUCCCAACCUCCCAUCUGAGGAACAUCUGCGGCGAGAUCUGAAGUACUUGUACGAUUGCAUGCUAAACCCGUCGACAAUGUCUAAUCAUGUUCCCUUGAUCAAAAGGGGAAUUGCAGUUGACUCUGCUACUACUGUUCUUGAUUGCAAGCAAUUUUUGAAAGUAUAUCAACCUGAAAAAUUCUUGCCUAUCCUUAAAUCAGAUGCAAUCCAGGUGCUUUGUGAGGUGGACAUCAUGGAACAAUCUGAUGUACAUUCCAGAAACCCUCCUCCAGAAUUAUUGAUUCUCCCCUCGGAUGCUACCAUUUCCGACUUGAAGGCAGAGGCAUCAAGGAUGUUUCAAGAUGUUUACUUGAUGUUCAAAAGAUUCCAAGCUGAUGAGCUAGUUGGAUAUGGUGGUGUGAAUGAAUCUACUCAGAUCAAACUCCUUCUAGGGUCUGCUGAAUUUGUUACAGUCAGAGGAAAAUUCCUGGGGAAAAAUGGGCUGAGCAAGUAUAGAAUGGAAAGGGGAAUGGAGAGAUGGACUGUAGAUUGCUUUUGUGGAGCAAAGGAUGAUGAUGGGGAGAGGAUGUUAGCAUGCGAUGUGUGCAGUGUUUGGCAGCACACUAGAUGUGCUGGGAUCCCUGACUUGGAUGCUGUUCCUGCCAGGUUCAUUUGUCUUAAGUGCAGAUGUCUUCAUAAGACUACUAACCCAAGCGGUAAUUGCAAGGAUGAAUCCGUUGCUGGUGUGGGAUUUGGGAAGAACCUGGCUCAUGCUGUCUAAAGUGUGCUGGGAUUAUUUAAUUGAGACCUUAUCAAAGAGUAUAAUAAUAGCAUUGAUAUCUAUAAGAUUGGAGAAUGGCUCUAUUCGAGUAAAUGGGGGUCUCGUUCUUGCUUGCAUCAUUGGUGCUGAGAAUAUUUUGCAGAAUCUAUGAUGUUCAUGGGUGAAAUUUUAAACUACCAUUCCAACUAUUAGAACUUGGAAGAUUGAAGAUGGUGUGAUCAGCCAACUCUCUCCUAAUAACCGGUGACAAUGCAAUUCAUCUGCUUCCUCCUGAGUUGUGUUUCCAGGAUGCAGGCUAGGGUUGCUAAUGAGGACUGUGCUGCAAUUUACUGAAUUUAGACAGAGACAAGCAUGACGGAGGUUUAUCAAAUUGUUCACCUAAGCAUUAUUUAGCUUCUCUUACAUUCCAUGUUGAAACAAACCGAUGAAGUGCUGUCUGAGCGUUGAUAGAGUUCACAAGAUACGUGCAGAACAAGCUUGCUCACAAUAUGUAUAUAAUGCCUUUCUUUUUUUAAGUACCCUUGAUGUCAAGUUGUGGCUUGAAGCAAGUCUUUUCUUGUCAUGGCAAGCUAAAGAAAGCAAGUUUGCUGUAUUUUCGAGGUGUAAAUCUUGUGUUGGUUGAGACUUGGGUAUCAGUGUGAGUUUCUAGCCAUGUUUACGCGAUGAGGACUAGCCUCUACUCAAAUGUUUCUCCUCUUAUCUCUAUUUAAUGGAGUUAGAAACAGUGCAACAAUGCUUAUUCCUUCAGAAAUUUACAUUAUGUUAAAAUGCUCUAUGUUAGCUUUA